AUGUGGUCUCAGUCCGACUACACCAGCUUUGCACGGGAACCAGGGGACCAAGUCCUCGCUCAGCUAAUCAUGGAACCCUUGGGAACCAUCAUUGUGGCCUGUAUCGGUAUUAUCUGCACAUCUUUACGAUCCGUCGGGGGAUUUCUGACCGUCGUCUUCGUCUUCGUCAUGCAGCCCUUGUCACUGCUUAACAGUGCCGGCAACUUUCUAACCGUGGUCGGCAGCUUCAAUGUCUUCCUCGGUCCGCUCAAGGGAAUCAUGUUUGCCGAUGACUUCCUCAUCCGCAAGCGGACCAUGGAGCUUACCGGCCUGUAA